AUGGGGAGCCCGCGGGGGCCAGAGGGAGGCCGAGCGACAAAGGGAGGGGGAGGAGGGAGAGGGCGAAAGGGCGCAGGGAGGGAGAAAAAGAAGAACGAGCCCAAAACGACACGAAAAGGGCAGAAAGGAAAAGGGCACGAGAGGGCCAGGGCCGGAGGAACAGGAAAGCAAAAGGAAAGACGGAACACGGGGGCCCGGAAGGACCGCCGCAGGGAAGGGGCGCGGGGGGAGCAAAGCCGCCAGCGCGCGGAGGGGCACCAAGGAAAAAGGCCGGGGCCAGGCGGGCGCCGGGGCCGGCCGCAGAGGGGACAGGCAGGGAACGCGGGGGCGCACAGGGCCGGCCGAACGCCAGCAGACGGGGCCAGAGAGGCCAGCGGCGCACGAGCCCGGGGGACGGCGCGGCCAGGCAGGGAAGGGGGGGACGGGAGGGGAGGCCGCCACCAAUGGCAGCAAGAGGAGGGGAGGGGACCAGGACCGAAGGCGGAAACGGGGGGGCCAGGGGCUGGCAAAAGAAAGGGGGAAGACCAGACCCCCACCGGACGCGACGAGGUAAACCAAGAAGGAGCAGAAACAGCAGGUGAGGGCGCCAAAAGACAAGGCAGAGGAAGAGGGGGGGGCAGCCGGGGGAGGGGCAAGGAAACCCAGGGGACGGGGGCCAAGGCGAGCGGAAAGAGGCAGGAGGGGACGGCAGAAACGAACGCGGAGGAGGGGGACUUAGGGAGGGCAGGCAGAGGGAAAGAGAAGAAGGGCGAGGGAGAGAGACCGCGCCGCGGAGCCGACGCGGGGGGACGGCCAAAGAGGCCGGGGCCAAGGGGGGGAAGAGAGCGGAAAAAGAGCGCAACACGCAGGGAGAAGCGGGGCGAGGGGAGUGGGGGGCACGAGGGGGAUGAGGAGGGGAAGGCAAGGACAAAAAAGAAAACAAAGGAAGGGGCACGGAGGGCACGAGGCGAGGAGGACAAGGAGGGCGAAAAAGGGCAACGGGAGGGAGAGGAAAACAGGAAAAAGGAAAGCGGGAAAGAAAGAAAAAGAAACAAAAAAAAAGCCAAGGCAGGGGCGAAGAAGACAGGAAAACAAGGCAAAGGGGGUGGGGGGAAAAGAAAAACAAGAAAGGCACAGAGAACAGGAAGUGGGAAAAAGCCGAAAGGAAGCCCAGCAGAGGCGCAGAAAGCGGUGCGGGACGACAGGGGGAAAGACAACGGAGGCCCGGGGGGGAAGGGGGUGGGAGGGAAGAGGCGCCACGGAAGGAGGAAGGCAGGAGGGACACCACGAGGGGGAGGAGGAAACCAGAGGGCGGGGAAGGGCGAGAAGGAGCGCGAGGGGAGGGGCGGAGGCACCCCGCAAGGCCACGAGGAGGGGGCCAGCCAGGCAGGGGGGACGGGAAAGGACCAAACGAGCGACAAAGAAGGGCCACAGAAGAGGGCAAGGAGGAGGGAGAAGGGGAGACAAGCAGGGGACAGGAAGAGCGAGGGGGGCGCACAACGGGGGAAAGGAAGGGCCAAGGGCAAAAAAGGAAGAAGACAGGGAGGGGAACAGAAGGGGAAAGAAGAGGGCAGGAAAGGGGAGGAAUGA